UCCAUUCUUCUACCAAACGAAAAUAUAAACACAAGAACCACAAACCAUCUUUGAGUUAACAAUGGACUACUACCUUGUAUUGUUGCUGAUGCUACCCUUUGUGUGGGCAUUCAUUCGUAUUGUCACCUCCAAUAAUCUAUCAAGCCAGACUCUUCCCCCUGGACCACACCCUUUUCCAAUCAUUGGUAACAUCUUGGAGCUUGGCAAAUUACCCCACCAAGAAAUUGCCAAGCUCUCCAAAACUUAUGGUCCCUUAAUGACUCUCAAGCUUGGGAGCAUAACCACCAUAGUCAUUUCCUCUCCAACCUUAGCUAAAGAAGCACUUCAGAAAAAUGACCAAGCUUUCUCUAGCCGAACCAUCCCAAAUAUGGCCCAUGUAUUCGACCACCACAAACUUUCAAUGGCUUGGAUUCCCACAAAUGCUAAAUGGAAGAACCUUAGGAAAGCUUCCGCCACUCAAAUAUUUGCUACAAAACCUCUUGAUGCCACACAAGCCCUUCGACAAACAAAGUUACAAGAACUACUUGACCAUGUUAACCAAAGUUGCAAAAGUGGUGCACCCAUUGAUAUUGGUCAAUUAGUGUUCACAACAGUUCUUAAUUCAAUAUCAAACACUUUUUUCUCUAUGGACUUGGCCCAGUAUGACUCUAAUUUGUCCCAAGAGUUCCGGGACCUUGCGUGUAGUGUAGCCGAAGAAGCUGGAAGGCCAAAUAUUGCUGAUUAUUUCCCAGCACUUCGUUUGAUUGACCCCCAAGGUGUACGCAAAAGGACAAGGAUUUAUUUCUCAAAAGUAUUUGGGAUUUUUGAUGGAAUCAUCAAUCAACGACUCCAAUUAAGAGCUUCAUCAAAGGGUUUUAAAGAAAGCAACGAUGUUCUAGAUUCACUCCUCAAUCUCACUGAAGAAGAUAAUUCAGAAAUAAGCCUCGUCGAUAUCAAACAUUUGCUUCUGGACUUAUUUCUUGCAGGAAUUGACACAACGUCAAGCACAGUAGAAUGGGCAAUGGCAGAGUUAUUACACAACCCAGAAAAAAUGACAAAAGCCCGAGAUGAGCUUGAAGAAGUCCUAGGUAAGGGCGGGCGCGUUCAAGAAUCAGACAUCUCAAAGUUCAAUUAUCUUCGAGCUAUAGUGAAAGAAACCUUGCGAUUGCACCCAUCAGUGCCUUUUCUACUUCCACGUAAGGCUAAGACAAACAUAGAAAUAUGUGGCUAUAUCGUGCCAAAAAAUGCACAAAUACUAAUAAAUGUGUGGGCAAUGGGACAAGACUCGAGCUUAUGGCAAAGCCCAAAUUUAUUUAUGCCUGAAAGGUUUUUAGAACAAGACAUUGAUUAUAAAGGCCAAGAUUUUGAGCUGAUUCCCUUUGGAGCUGGAAGAAGGAUAUGCCCUGGAUUACCAUUAGCUAACCGAAUGGUGCAUUUGAUGUUGGCUUCUCUUGUUCACUACUUUGCUUGGAAGCUCCCAAAUGAGAUGAGGCCAGAAGACAUGGACAUGGCUGAGAUGUUUGGGCUUACCUUACAUAGGGCAGUGCCCCUCCUAGCUAUUCCAAUCAAAUCCUUGUAACUUUGAUUGUUUAUUCUUGGCCCACUAUGGAUGUGAAUUUGUCUAUGUUUAAUAUGAUGCCUUCAAUAUUAGAAUUUUCCAUAAGUAUAGUAGUGGAAAACAAUUAUAGAUCAUACAUCAUUAUUUUGUAGUUUUAUAGUGAGUUCUAAUUAGCUCAAUCAGUAAAGUCUUUUGUUGUUGGAUAAGGUUUGAAUUCCACCUACACUUGACCAGUAAGCUUGCUUUAAAAAUGGAGAUAAUCAUUAGGCAUUUAUCUUGGCCUUUGUAUUUUUCUAUCUUGUUAUGGUC